AUGAUUAAUGAAGCCAAAGCACUAGAACCAUUUCUGCAAGAUUUGUGCCAUAAGACAUAUGAUGUAACACUUAGGAGGGGAGCAAAGACUAUGAAUGCUUUUCAUUUGAAACAAUGUGUACGAACUUUUGAUGUCUUUGAUUUUCUGAAUGAUAUUGUGAGCAAGGUUCCUGAUUUAGGUGGUGCUGUUGCAAGUGGCGUCGACCAAACUGUCACUAAGAGGAGGAAUGUUUCUGAAGAUGAUGAUAAUGACAGCGACUUCUCUUCAUCCUGUAUUUGA